CUCCGCUUAACGGUCUGAUCGGUCGGAAAUCCGCCACCAGUAUGGACCAGGAUGUAAAGACUGCGACUAGCCUGUGCUUGGCGGCGGCAGCGAUGGGCGAAUCGGCCGAGUAUUUCGGACUAUACAUGGCCCAGUCACACGGAUAUGCCUUCGAGCCGCAGCAGCAGCAGCAGCUUCACUCGCAACCAUUGCAACAACAGCAACAUCCCAAGCCGGAGGUGGCCACGCCGUUAACGCCGUUAACGCCGACAACGUCAACGUCUUCCACGAACGCUUCCACAACGCCAACAUCUGCCUUGCUUACAUCGACAACAACGACCACGAGCACCGGCGGCACGCCAAGCUCUGCUCCCGCCACACCCACAACUGCAUCAAGCAACGCUUCCAGUGGCUCCAGUGCCGGACUGACGCCAGCCCAGCUGCUGCAGUGGCAGGACAUGCCUCAAUAUCUGCAGUUCAAUCCCUAUGUGCUCAGGGGAUACCGUCCGCUGCAGACCUUCAAGGGCUGCCUGCUCAGUCUCUUCUAUUGGCACAACGAGACCAUCAACAUUCUGACGCACGCUAUACCUAUCGUCUAUAUAUUGGCCAUAGUGCCGGGACUUAUGCCGUGGGACCGAGGCUAUAGAUUUCUAUCGUUCUGCCACGUCUUCGGCUCCGUUGCGCCCUGGUGCGGCAGCUUCGUCUAUCAUCUGUUCAUGAACAUCGAGAAGGGCGAGAAUGUCUAUUAUAGACUGCUCAAGCUGGACAUGGUUGGCAUCUGGGUGAGCCAGAGUUUCGGUGCUCUUCCACUUGUUACGGCUACGACGCUAUGCUUUACGCCUAAGCUCAAGUGGUUCAUCAUUGUCUCGUACUGUCUGCUCUCGCUGUGGGGCCUAUACAAGGCCCUGACAGCAAGCUCGCCUUGGCAGCGCCGUCUGUGCUUCGCUUUGCCGUUCUCCAUGCGCUCUGUGCUGACCUUUCUGCGUAUCCAGGGCCUGGUGGGCGGUAGUCAUAUGGCGCUGUCUCACGUUUAUUUGCAGGUUCAAGUUGAUGGCGUUUCCAUUUUGGGAGGCGCUAUAGGAGCUAUGCGUAUACCCGAAAAAUGGUUUCCCGGUCUAGUUGAUUUCUAUCUGAAUUCCCAUAAUAUAAUGCAUGUGCUGGUGGUGGUGGCUGUCUACUCCAUGCAUAAGGCCACCAUUAGGGAUUUCGAAUGGAUGUCCAUGCAGACGUGCAACUCGUAUAGUAACAACACGGAGGACACUCUGACCCAUGUGGAGCUAUGACCCGUUUACUUGCUGCUACUUUUAACUAACAAUUUCAAUAACCUAUGCUGAGUUGGCAGACACUCACGCGAAACGCAAGCGAAGAGCCGCGCCAAUUCGCAAGCUGACUAGGCACGGCCAUAACCAUAGCCAUAGCCAUAGCCAUGUAGAAAUAAAUAUGGACAAGGAGAACGUAGAAAGGAAAUUCGAAUAAAGUUAUUGCAAUAUAUACCGUGUAUAGAGCGAAUGCUGUAACAGUAACAAUAUAUAGAUAUGUGUAUAUAUAUACUAUAUAUUUACAUACAAUAUAUAUAGUACAUUCUUCGACUGUGGUAUUAAGUAUUAAGGUUAUUAAACAUAUUCAAACGAAACAAAACGAACAACAUACAAAAAUCUCUUGGUGCGUUUUCAAGAAAUGGUGGCGGCCGCCAUCCAAGGGGCGGCACUUCUAUACGUGAUUUCCAUACAAAAUACUCGAGUACUAUACUAAUACAUAUAUAAUAUUAUAUACUUAUAUAUAAUUUUAAAUUGUCAUGCUCUGAUGACGAUGAUGUUGAUACAUAUGUACCUCAUUAUGCUUACAACAAAAAUCUAAUUUUCAAAUAUAACUUUGUACCUCGUCGAAUACAAAACUAAAGAUGCAAAACAAUUAAAACUUACAAAAGUCGAACGUAAAGUUAAUCUUAAAUAUCUUCCUAGUUGAACGUUUUUAUUAAGCAAAUUGAGAUUAAGUUGUUAGCAAAUGUUUCAGGAGUAGUGUAAGCUGAAUACUUUAAACUGUGUGUGAAUAUUGUUGAAUCACAGAUUGUUGUUGAGGCAAGUAGCGUAUCUGCGUUUUACAUUAAGUGUUAAAGUUGGACAAAGUGUGAAAUGUUGCAAACAACUAACAACCGUACUAACAAAGGCGCUGCUAAAACCAGUUAUUAAAACUUCCUACCGUAGUUGCUAUACUAUAUUUAAUCUGAUAUUGUUUGUUUACAGGCAUACAUACAAAUAUGAAUUAAUCUUUUUAAGUCAAUUCAGUAAUUUGAUUAACGUAUUUAAUACUUUAACAGUUUAUUUAGAAUGCUUUUGCGAAAAGCGCCUAAUCGCUUUAAACAUGAGACAAUUAUUUCCAUUAUAAGCUUUAAUUAGUGCAUGGCAAGACAGAUCUAUAACUGCUGCUACUAAAGUUAAUUCCAUCAUACAUACACACACAUAUUUUAGUGAAGCAUGACGAGUACUAGGCUUUUAGUAGUUUAAAUAAUUUACACACGCCUAUGAAUAUGACGAAGCAAAUUCAACAAGGAACAAUUGCUAACAAAGCUAACGAAUUCAAUUGAACAAAAGCAAUAAAAUUGAACAAAAAUUAAAGCUUAGAAAGUAUUUGUAAGUAGCAAUUAUAGCUAAAUUAAAAUAAUAAUAUGAGUAUG